CAUAUAUAUACGUAUAUAGAGAACGAUACAAGUGUAAGUGUUGUUUGAAAUUAAAAAUUUUAUCAACAAUAAUUGUAGAAUGUCGUCGUUCACUGUAGAGAAAAAGACUACUGAAGCUUACUGGCCAAGACGUCCUGGUAGUACUGUUUUGGCAGAUGAUAAAUUGACUAUAGUAUACAAUAAGUUUAAGACUACAGCAUCCAUACCUUCUAAUGCUGUUCGCUAUAAUCUUAUAUUUGCUCAUGGAACUGGAAUGAACAAAGCUAUAUGGACUUAUAUUAUAAAGAAAUUGUAUGAAUAUUCUCAGAAUUCUAAUGGGAAAUGGUACUUAGAUUCAUGUUUAGCCUUUGAUGCAGUAUCCCAUGGUGAUUCAGCUAUAAUAAAUCAAGGAAAGAUUGGUUGGGUAUAUCAAUGGGAAGAAGGUGGGAAAGAUUUACUUAAAGUAUUGAAACAUGAAAUGCAUACAACUGGAGAUUUUCAAAAUAAUUUAACAUCAAGAAACAUAGCCAUUGGUCAUUCUUUAGGAGGAUAUGGAGUUGUUUUAGCAGGCUUUUAUGAUCCUAAUGUUUUAGAUUCUAUCAUCCCAAUUGAAGGAGUAUUAUAUAGUGAUGAUAAAUCAUUGACUAGAUUUACCAAAUUAUUUUCAAAGAUUGGAAGUUUGCUAAUGGAUACGUUUGAUUCUGAACGUGACUUUAAUGAUUACUAUAGAGUAUAUUCCUUCUAUAAGACUAUACAUCCAGAAGUUAUGAAUGAUUUUUUGCAAGAUGAGCUCAUUACCGUAGUUGAGAAUGGGGAAACGAAAUAUAAGAGUAAGACACCUACCAAUGCACAAAUGGCUUCAUAUCUUGGAUCUACGUUAUCUUUGAAACUAGUAAUGCUGCUUUAUCCUUGGUUAAGAGUUCCAGUUUGUCAUGUGAUUGGAAGUGAAGCUAAAUGGAACCCGCCAGAAACAGCUCCAUACGUUAGAAGUACCAUACCUAAAAAGUAUUUAAGUGCAACCUACGAUAUUCCUAAAGGAGAACAUUUGGUUCAUGCUGAGCAACCAGAUUAUACUAGUAAAAUCAUUGAAGAGUUUAUUUUAAAACGUCAAGUAGAUUUUGAAUCUGAAAAGGUUACCUCCUACUCAGAAUUGAAAAACGGUACCGAUAGAAAUAAAUUAAAAGAGAUAGAAUUUGGUAAUUUAUUAACCGGUAAUUUUGCCAAAGUUUCUGGAUACGCAGAUUCUAUAUUUUCUAAAUUUUAGGUUUAGAAUAAGCCA